AUGAAGUCAACUCCAAAUUCUGCAAUGGCGGACAUAUCUGUUCCCCUCCAAAAGAAUGUUGCCCUUUGGGAUGCUGUCUUGUAUUUGCUUCUCCAGGCUAUCGUCCAACAAAAUCUCAAACUCCUGAAACUUCAUCGAUGCCAAAUUUUUUCCUUUGGAACCACUGGCUCUUUUGGGCAUUAUUCGUCCUGUUAUUCUUUAUUGUUAUGUGCGGAUGUGGAUUAUGGAAACGACGCCAAUUUUUAUCAAAUAGAUUAUGUCGCCGAAGAAGUGACGUCUAAACCUGACUUGUACCCUUUGGUAAUAAGUUACAGAUCAGAAAAUGGUCCGCUUCCAACCGGAAGUUCUAAAAAUCCAGUUAAUCCAACAACUUUUGUUUCCAACACGGUACAAGAAGUAGAUUCAAAUUAUCCUCCCAGUUACGAAGAGUCAAGAAUGGGCGAUAGAAAUUAUUCCCAGAUGCAAUCCGUGAACGAAAUGACACAAAGAGAACAAAUAAAUACCUAUUUGCCUCAGGAACAAAAUAUUGGAAAUAAUGGGAGCGAGCAAAUAAGUAUAGACAUGCCACCGAUUUUAAAGGAAAAUAUUUACCAAAAUUUACAAAGCGUACCCGUUAGAAGACAAGAAAUAUUAAAUGCGAAAGGAAACGUACCUGUGACGUUUACAAAUUCCGAAGUUUUGAAAACAACCUCGAUAAAAUCUUAUAAUAAAAUAUUAAAAGAAGAUAGAUUUAGUCAUGCACCGAUAAAAACAUUUAAAAGAAAUUUGAAAACAACCGCGUUAUCAAAUUCUGCAGAUUCCAUCAGGGGUAGAGGAAAUCAUCAACCCCAUCAAUAUUCUUCGGAUGUUAUUUUAGCUCAACCCCAAAGCUACUGCGAAUCUAAUAACGAUUUACAUUACGAUUCUUCUGAUAUAUUAGCCAAUACCCAUCACUACCUUCGUCGCGUGAACGAUAGUUAUUCUUCGGAGGACAACCUAUCACAACCAAGAGGAUCACUACAAGAUUUCGUUUCUUCUGACGGUUUGUCACAUUCACAAUUUUCAAAUCUCGAAAUAAAUAAUUUUUCAACGAGUUCGGAAGUUAGCUCUUUGCAAGGAUGCGGAAGUCCAGAUUCACCCCCACAAGCAAUAAGUCCAACGGGAGAAUUUCGUAAUCUUUUGGAAAAAAUUCAACAACUUCCAAAUCAAAAGGAUGGUAAUAAAUAUCCGGACGCGAAAUCUCAUGAAUAUUUAAAUUACGAUGCCGCUUUGUCUUUGAUAGAAAAUACAAAAAUGGACGACGAUGAUGAGAACAACGUUGUUAAAAUUGAUGAAAAUGAAGAUGUCGAAAGUUGUUGUCUGUUGUUAAAUGAACCCCCACAAAAUUUACAAUCAAAAUCAAAAAUUAAAAAAUUAAACGUGACGCGUCCAAGUAAAUUAUUGGGAAAACCGCGUUUUCCAAAAAGAAGUAAAACUUUUUAUACUCCAUUAUGCCACAGUGCCAUAAAUUUGGGAAAAAUUAACGCUACGAAAUCAAGCGUUUCCGCUCCUGUCACACCGAUAACCAAUUUUCCAAGUCCGGAAAAUUUUUCGUUGAAUUUUAUUUUAAAUACCAAUAAUAAUAAAAAUGGUUGUUCGAAAAAUAAUUUAGAAAAAAAAAAUUCCGAUGGAAAAUUAUUACUAUUAUACGAUGAAGAAGAUGAAGAUGAAGAAGCAGAAGAAAUUAACGAUGAAUUAUUUUAA